AUGAAGCUCGUACUAUCUACCUCAAAUACCAUGUCCGGUGGUCCUUCCGUGAUAAGACGACCCUUCUUCGAGAAAUCAAACACUGAACUCACCUCCUCCCUGCGCGCAAACUUCGCUGCCCACCAACCCUCUCCAACACCCUCAAAACCCGACUACACAACAUGGACCACCAAAACCGACUCCGCCCUAUACGUACCCACGCACACGCCCUCACCCCUUACCGAACCACGAGAAUCCUACGAUAUCACAGUCAAACUGUUCUACCUCCCCAACAUACCGACAGACAGACGCUGCGCACAAACACGAGAAGCGAUAGAACUCGUGCUGAAAGAGCUGGGCACAUCCUCGAUAGACCUCCUCAUCGUCAGUUUCCCCGGCGUAUCCUUCGACGCCGACGAUGAAGAUUCCGAUCUCGACGAAGACGACGAACCGCCCUCGCCCCCCUCCGCAACACAAUCCACAACCGAAAACACCACCGGCGACUGCCCAGACGCUGGCGCCCCACCAGAAGACAUAGAAACGAUGGUAACAACAUGGCGAUCGCUCGAGAAACUGCACGCAGAAGGCCUUGUAUCGAAACUGGGCAUCGCUGAAUUCGGCGUCGCGCGCUUGACCAAGUUCCUCGAACAGACCAAGAUAAAACCAAGUGUGAAUCAGAUCAACGUAAGGGACUGCUGUGUCGUACCCAAGCCGUUGAUACUGUAUGCGAAGCAACAGCAGAUCGAGCUGCUGACACACAAUGACUGCACCAACAUCUUACCGCGCGGCACGCUACGGCAAAUACUUGGUUCGGGAGAGAACGGGUCCGGUGUUUUGGCAGGAGAAGGAAAUCAAGAUGGGCUUAAGGGCGAUGUAGAGCCGCAGUGGGUAGUCAAAUAUACGGCUGUUGUCAAAGAUAGGGGUGUGGUGGAAAGUAAAGGAUACUUUGCUGUUGCUGAAUUAAGGGAUUCAUAA